UUUCAUGUUUCUUUUGUGUUCCGUCUCUUCUGUUGCUCCUACUAUUGUUCCUAUACCAGUAGGACCUUUACAAGCAAACCAAACCAAUACCCUUAACUGAAUUGGGUUUCCAUUCAUUCCAACCUUUCGCCUUCCGGGUACCAAUCAAUCAUCUUUAUGCGAACCAAUUGACUCAGAACUGAUUAUUGAAACUACAAAGUAGCAGUUAAAGUACACCUGUUGUGUAAAGUGAAUUUAUGACCACGAUGGAUGUCAAAGGUAUAACCUGGGUUGGGUGUGUGUACGAAAAAUUCGAAUCUAUGUGCUUGGAGGUGGAAGAAAAUAUGUACCAGGACACAGUUAAUUUUGUUGAAGAUCAGGUACAGACUGUUGGGGAGAGUGUUAAAAAGUUUUAUGCAGAUGUAAUGCAAGAUUUUCUCUGUCACUCUUCAUUAGAUCAAGAUGACAUAUCACCCUGUGGUUUUCCUGUUGAACAUUAUUCAGAUGGUUCUAAGAAAUCAAAGCUUAAGAAAGAACACGCAAAGGUUGGUGUUGAAGAAGUGAAUGGGGAUUCAGAGGUAAUUUCUUCUGUGGAGAAGAAUGUAAACUGUUCAGGAUUGUUCCAUAGACAGCGUGUCUAUGAUUCUUGCACAAAAUCCUCAGGCAAUUGUGCCAAAGUAGAACUGCCUGACUUGUAUUCAAGACAAGAGUAUAGUAUGAGAAGUUAUAGUAAGAAAGUGGUUGUCAAAGAAACUCCAAUCAAGGACAGACUUCAAGGGGCAAAUACUGCUGUUGGAAAAGAUUUUAGCAGAGUAUCCCUAUCAUGCAGUGAAUUUUCAAAUGAAAAUAUUGACACUUUAUGUGACCAACCAGAUGAAGGUAUAACCCCUUCUAAACCAGUUGAAGGUAUGAGAUGUAAUUCCAUGAGGGAGAGUUGUGUGGCUGCAAAUGCUAGCCAAUGUACAAAUGAUAUUGUAAUCAACUCCCAGUCACCUGAUAUGAUUAUUUUGGAUAAAUUUGAUGGAAAAAGAUGGAAUGAACUACCAGAGUCAUCGAUUGGUGGGUUGUCAGCAGAAGUAAAUGGUGGAUCUAAUAUCUCUCUCGUGGAUGAGAGUAAUAGUGUUGAACAUGGUACCGUAAUCAUUCAACAAUCUGACAAGGCAAAGCUUGAGGAAACUUGUGUACUGGUGAGUGGUGAAGAACUUCAUUUUAUUCAUCACUCAGUAGCCAACUGUAACCCUUACAAGAAAAAAAUUCCAAAAGCCUUCACUUCAAGAACAAGUUCAGUAAGGCAGCAAGAAUACAAGCAGCUUGCAUUAUGGCAUGGGCAUCAUACAAAUUCAUUUUUAGAAGGUGAAGAAGAGUCGAACAAAUCCCAGACUCAUGAUUUUUGUGAAUCUGAAUGGGAGAUUCUGUAGGUGCCGUUGUAAUUCGUAUAUAAGCAUUCAACUUACUGCAGCAUCUCAUUGCAAAUCAUGGUGCUGUCUAAGUUAUAGCUUCUAAAAAUUGGUAAACAAGUGGGCGAUGAUUAUGUAAUCUCUUCUUGCUACUGUGCUCAGUUCUGGAGUAUUGAGAUUCAUGUUGUCUGUACAAGAUAAAGUACUUGAAAAUGUUAUUUAUAGGACAACUCUGGCCUACCCAAAUGAGACCUACAUUGUGUUCAGCAUCAUAAAUAAAUUGGCUUUUAUCCAUGGGUGGAUAAACUUUGUCUUUGCUCCUAUUGCUAUUUUUUUCCUGAAUGUUAUUGUAGAUAUCAGGACUUUCAAAUGGGUCUUCCCAACUCGAACUAUGCACACUGCUUCAGGUGGUCAAAACCUUUUUCAUGUGUUUUGCUACUGAUGUCUGGAAAUUCCGGGUUAGAUUUACAGAAUGAUGACAGAUCCGACUUUGAUCCAAUCUUCUGCAAAUUUGAGUUUUCCUGCAGGCAAGGUAAGCUCACACAGUUCUAUUACAGAUUUUCUCUGAUGUGUUUGAUUGGCUUUAGUGCAAUCUCGAAACUUUGCAAACUCUGAUUGCAGUCUAAACUAAUAGCAUCCUCAUCUGCUGAAAGUUUUUUGAAAACAACUAUUGCACACAUAAUCCACCUGUACAGCUGAUGUUACGUGCGUGGGAUCUUCAAAGGAAUGUUUUCCUUUCUGGUAUGCGAUGGUCUGGUACGUUAUGAGUUUCAGCUACUUCAUAUUUAAGAACAUCAGGGGUUGUUUAUUUAUCUAUAAGAUAUGCAGAAUACCAAAAGCUUGAAAGUAUGUUCCACAUUCGUGAAAGGAGGAAAGAAAAAGAAGUAAUGUUUGAGGUCAAGAGGAACUAUAUGAAUAUGAUAUUAUGAUAUAUCUGGGUCUGUAGAAGGGGUAAACACAGCUCAAGAAGCUCUUACAAUAUUGCUAGAUCUAGGAACUGCACACUAAUC